UUUAAGUUCUAUAGUUAUUGACAAUCAACAUCUUUAUUCUUGUCAAAAAUUGAAAAAAAUUGUGACUCGAUUAUAUAGCUACAAGUUAGUUAACGACUUUCUAAUGUCACUCUAAAUUUUCUUUGUAAUCUAUGCAUUAAUAUUUCAUACAUAAAAUUAAGUUUAUACAAUUUCUAAUAGGUAUAGAUAACUUGCCACUUGACUAUAAACAAGUGACUUAUCCUUUAGUCGAUUACGAUAUAAUAAUGUAAUAAUGAAAUACGAAUUCGUUGUAGGAUUUAAAACACCCAUUAUCAACUUUGAUAAUAUACUUUGAAUAUACUUUUUUAAUUAUCAAUAGAUAAUGGACAUGUUUGUUUGUGUGCUAUAUACAGUUGAGAUACCUAGUGCAUAAAUGUGUGAAGUUUAUGGAUUUAUAAGUACAGCCUAAGUAUGGAAAACGGCAAAAAAAUUACAUAUUUAGAUCCUAAUGAAGUUCAAAUAUGUAAACCUAUCACUAUGGUCAACAGUAGAAUUGACAAUUUUUUAAAAAGAAAGAGAGAUGAAAACCAUGAUAGAAAUACGAGAAUGUAUUGUAACUCAAUAUCUAGUAGAAAUUAUUCUAGUGCUUCUAGAACAUGUAAUACAAUAGAAGCUAAACGCCAGAAAGGAUCUGAAUGCUUUGUAAAAAAGACAAAAGUGCAGAAUAAUUUAGGACCACUGAAUAAUGGUGGUUUGGACCCAGCUAGCUUAAACAGUUACAAUUUAUCAAAUAAUACAAGUUCUGUUGGAUUAAAACCAGAUUUACAUGAAAGAAUAUCAAACAUAGAAACAGUCUUAAAUAUCAAAAGUGAUAAUAAAAGUAACAUUGAUAUUUAUGAAAAAUUGAAAUCGAUAGAAGAUCAUGUAUUAAAACUAGAAAAUAUUCUAUUAAAUAUCAAUGAAAAUUAUUCAUUAUCAAAUAUUAUUUCUAUUGAUCAAGAUACAGGAAUUAUAAAACACAAUUUAAAGACUGAAGAUCUUAUAAAACAGAAGAAAAUUAUCUCUGAAGAUAAUUUAAUAAGAAAAGAAAUAACACCAGGAAUAUUACCAAAAAAAUCAAAAUAUUCUGCAAAUGAAAUACAAGAACUCAUUAACAAUAUCAAAAGAAUUGAUGAAAAUAAAAAUAAAUUCUCAAAUCAAUAGCAAAAACAUUAAGCAUUAUUUUUAUCUUAUCAUGUAAAACCGUAUUAAAAAUAACUGGUACUUUUAAACAUAGUGUAUUAUUUCU